ACGAUGCUCGUUCAUGGGGAGAGGGCAAAGAAGCAAGCAGUGCUUUGCCUCGGUCUGCCCAGUGUGCUGUAACUACUUGCAAUAUCACCAUAUAUCUGAAAAGCGGUUGCACGGAACAGGCUCUUAUGAAUGCUUUAUUUUUCAAGCAUGCGUAUUGAAGGCUAUCUCGGAAAUCAAGUUCACAUAGCUAGUUAGUGGGAUACCCUUGUAUUAGGAGUACUGGCACCAGUAUAGAGAUGUUUGCAUCAGUGUGAGAGAAAAUUGUCUGUUUUACCAAGAAGUCAGGGUCCACAGUUCAAAGAACACUUUGUACUAUUCAUACACAUCACAGGCUGCUGAGAGGGGGACAGAAUGGCUGGAAUGGAAUGAUAUCAAACACAUGGAAACCAUAUGGCCUCAAUGGCCAGCACAGCCAGAAGAGGAAUGGCCAUCCCUCGGAGCCUGGUUCCUCUAGGUUUUCACGUAGGAAAUAUAUUCAAGACUGAAUGCACAAAAUAUAUAUCUAUAUUUUUUUUGGAGGAAGAGAGCGGUUAUUGUUUUUCGCUUCGUACUCCACUCCACAAGGUGGCAGAUUUGAGCAAGGCUGGGGAGUCUUUGAUGACGUCAUUUGUCUGCGCCGGCACACGUUUUCACUCACACGUCGGGAUUCGUGAUGGCAGAGCAGGAGUCUGAAGUGAAGAGGGUGAUUAAGUUGGUUCCUGAGAACCUUCUGAAGAAGAGGAAAGCAUACCAAGCCAUCAAAGCCACUGAGGCCAAACGUGCACUUCUUGAGAAGAGAAAGGUAUCUAAAGGGAAACCCUUGAAGUUCAAGCGCUUGGAGGACUUCCUGAAGGAUAGCCAUAGAAAGCAUCGCGAUGAGACCCGUAUCAGGAGAGCAGGUCACAGACCAGCUCCAGCCAUGCCCCCUGCAAAGAACAGACUGGCCUUCGCUGUCCGCAUCAGAGAGAUCAAAGGAGUCAGUCCCAGAGUUCAGAAGGUAAUCCAGAUGUUACGCCUGAGAAAGAUCUUCAGCGGUGCCUUUGUCAAAGUUAACAAGACUUCUAUGGCCAUGUUGAAAAUGGUUGAGCCCUAUGUAGCAUGGGGGUUUCCCAACUUGAAGUCAGUUCGUGAGUUGAUCUUGAAAAGAGGACAGGCCAAGAUUAACAAGCGAAGGGUCGCUCUCACAGACAACACACUCAUUGAGCAGCAUAUGGGCAAGUAUGGUAUCAUCUGUCUGGAGGACUUGAUCCAUGAGAUCUACUCUGUGGGGAAGAACUUCCGGGUGGUCAGCAACUUCAUAUGGCCGUUCAAGCUGUCUGUGGCUCGACACGCUGCCAGGGACAAGGCAGGUCUUCUGAAGGACAUAGGCAACCCAGGACCCAGAGGGACGGACAUAAACUCGAUAAUCAGGCAGCUCAACUGAGGCUGCACGAGACACUUUCACGUCAGACCUUUUCUUGUGGCCAAUGAUGAACUUUUUUAUUUCGUCAUAGCCCACUCAUUCGUUGUUCUUUAAUUCCUUCCUUUAAUAUCAAUACUCUGAAUUACCCGGUCUGGCAUGAGGAAAGAGAUCCCUUACUGAUUCAUAAGGAUUUAAUUCAUCUUAGGGUCCCAGCUGGCAGAAUUCAUAUUGGACCUGAUCAGAAUUGAACGCCUAGUCAGACAGUGCAUUUCUGGACUAUGUUGUGAUUAGACGGCAGUAAUUUACCCUCCCUUUUUUUGAAAAAAUUGGUAUUCUCAAUAUGUUGCCACCUCUGUAGUUGGAAUAAGGCCAUUCUAUGGAGAUGCUAAUUGCAUCACUACUUACUUUGCCCCUGUGGUGUUCAGAGGGAUGUUAUUAUGCUUACUAUGUAUGUGAGAUUACAAUAUGUUUAUGAAAUAAUAAACUGAAACAAGAACUUG